AUGGCGUCAAGUGCAGACGACGUGGAUAAGUCGGACGAAAACAACAUCCUAUACGAUUUGACAAUCCAUGCAGAGUGGCCCCAGGAGCCAGAGAGCUUUACUCGUGCACAAAAGGAAAAGAUACAGACUUCUGUUAUUGGACGCUUGGCUUCAGCCACUCAGCGAUCUGUUUGGACUUCCCUCAGAACAUUAGGAUUGUCAUCAAAAAAUGAUAGCCCGUGUUCACUUCCUUCAGAGCUCGUGAAGUUGAUAAACAGUCAGAUCAACUGGCACAUUGCUCUCAGCAGUGAUGGCAAUGUGUUGUCCGUGGUACAGGACCAGUGUGUAGAGAUCAGGACUGCCCGUGAUGAGUUUGGCACUAUUGUUGGGCGUGGCAUCCUGGGGAAAGAUCCCUACCCUCAGUGGAGGAAGACCGCCUGGAGCGUGGACUCCACCAUGGUGGCGUGCUCCUCUAGUACAGGGAGGGUCACUGUCUUUGAUGUGGUGGGCACCCAGCUCAUGUCUAUCCCUGGGGAAAGCCCUCCCACCCCGAUGAGUUCCCAGGACCUGAGCAGAGCAGUGGCCUCCCUUGUCUUCAUGGACAGUCAGCAGACGUCAGAAUGGUCAGCAGAACUGCUGGUAAUCAACUACCACGGCACCCUGAAGAGAUACCUCCUGGACAGAGAGAAAGGGUACAAGCUGAAACACACAUUCCAGUUCAGUUCCCACUACCCCCUGGGUGUCAGUGCCAUGGCCCACCACCCAGGCUUUAACCUGCUGCUCAUAGGUGGCUGUGGGGACUGUAGCAGAGGGGAACAAUCUCCAAACAGGGCGGUUCAGGAGGGGAUAACUGCAUGGAGAAUGCUGUCAGAUGCCCCUCAUUAUAAACUAGUCACGGAUUACUCAGAGGAUCUCUAUCAGGCUCAACAGCAUAAUGGAGUGAUGAAGAGACUGAAGAAUUUCACUUUCUACAGCUGGUAUGGCUACAACCCAGAUGGGGUGUUUAAAAUGUGCUUGUCCCCAAACGGCCAAAUCCUUGUGACAAUCCACCAUUCAGGGAAGCUUUGUCUUUGGGAUGUCCCGUCGCUGCGAAGACGAAAGUCAUGGCUACAUGAGGAACAGCCAGACCAUGAUGAAAUCAGUCCAGAUUUUAUGGAAAACCCCAUGAAGAGGAAAGUUUUGAAAGAUAUGAUACACUUACGCACCUUGAUCGACGUCAAGUGGUGGUCAGAAAAGGAGGUGAUUUUGGCUCGCUGCAGUGGGGCGGUGUCCGUCUCCUCUAUCCAGACCUUGAAGAAUCUGUUGGGCACAUCUCCUGAGUGGUUUGAGCCCUCCCCUCACAUCACAGACACCCAGAAUGGUGGCUUCCUUAGCCUGGAGUGUGAAUGUCAGUUCCCCUCACUUAAGCGCCGCCUAGUGGCCACGGAUGAGGAGGAGUAUGAUGACAGUGAUGAUGAAGACACCUCCAUGGUUACCAAGACAACCAAACUGACCAAACAGAUGCUUUAUUACAUCACAGACAGCGAUCGAUUUCAGCCGCCCAGGAAGCGACCAAGACUUGUCACAAGAACAUACAGACUGGUGAGGCUGAAAUCUACCACUCCAGAGGAAUUAUAUGAUAAAAAGAUAAACUGUGAGGAGUACGGAGAAGCAUUGGCCCUGGCGCGGACCUACGGCCUGGACUGUGACAAGGUGUACCAGAGACAGUGGAGGAAAGCACCUGUGUCUGUGGCAUCCAUACAAGACUACCUGAGUAAAAUCAGCAAACGGUCCUGGGUUCUCCAUGAGUGCUUGGAGAGAGUGCCAGAGAACAUAGAUGCCAUGAAGGAGUUGCUGGAGUACGGAUUGAGGGGCACAGAUCUCCAGGCCCUUAUCUCCAUAGGCAAGGGAGAGGAUGGGGGCAGGUUUAUCCUGUGUGACUUGGAGGAGGAGUAUGAAGACCUGUAUGGAGAGGAAGAUGAAGACCAGCAGCAGCAGAGACGAGAGCGACUCAAUGCUCGGAGAGAAGAACUGCUAAAACAGGUGGACUACAACAGUCUCAGUCUGGAGCAGAAGCAGCUGUGCAAGGACAGACUGAAGCUGUUACAGUACCUAGAUAGACUCAAUACAUAUGAGCUGAUAUUAGGAGGAAAGAAUGCAGCUGAGAUGAGAUUUGACCACAAGUUUUUUGAGAAGUUUCGCGCCCAGAAUAUUGUGGAAGCAGCCGUGGAUUACGCAAGGAUGAGUGAUGACAAAGCAGUGGAUAUCCUCUUCACUUUCCAUGGCAAAGAUCUACGAGAGCACAGGCUGGCAAUUCUGUCAAAUUUUCCGGAAACUACCUCACCAUUGGAGUACAAAAUCCUGUUACCAGAGAUUGGGGAUGGUGCUGUGGAGGCUGAUGUGUGGAAGGAGGACCAGUGGAGAGAAGAGGACUGGUGUGAACAGGUGCCCUGCAGGAAUGCAAUUGAUCUUGUCUCAGAGGACCUUGGUGCAUUUCUCUAUGAAGACAACCAAGACUACAAAAACUUCAGGACAGAGAAGAUCAGUGAUGUCCUGCUGACAGAGUGGUAUGACUAUCGUGCCUGUGAGAUCGAGAUGUUGGCUUGUCAAGUAGACAACUCCCUACAGCUUGUGAGGCUGGCCAUGGAAAGAGGCGUACAAAACCUUACAGAUUUGUAUGAUGACCUGGUUACCAUGGAGACGAUGGUGUAUGAAUGUGGGCUGGAAGAAGGUGUGGUUUUUGAAGAACUUCGCACGAUGACAAAUCUACAGAAGCUUCUGCUUCUUCUCUCCAAGUCACCUGUGGAUAUGUACAGUAAGAACGUGCGUCGCUGGAUGGUGCCAUUCCUGGAGCGGUGUGAUGCCAAAUCCCCGGGGUCAUAUAGCUCCCUGCUUGGACAGUACAUCGUUGUCACCUCCAAGGCUGACCUUUCCUGUGUCUCCAAGCUGUUUGAGCUGUCUAAACCAGGGGUGAGUAAGCCAGUAAUCAGGGAUCACAUCAACAUGAUGUCCAUGGCACUGGAUGCAGUCUACACAACAGACAGAGAUGAUCAGCUUAAGCUUGCUACUUUCAUUUUUGAAUGCCUUCCUAACAAGACAAAAGGUAAAACUGAAACUCCCGAGGAGAUUCGUCUGAACAAAUUGGUUGAUGAGCUGGAACGACAUCUGAGAGCUGCCAAAAUUCUGGAGCAGUACGGACUGAAGCAGUCUCUGAAGCUCAUCAAACAAACACAGAGUGAUCCAGAAGAAACUAAAAACCUGAUGGUGAAAUUGACGAGAAUGGCAGGAAGAAGGACCCCUGCCCUGACAGAGAAUGAGUACUGGGGCUUGCUGGAUGAUGUACAGAUACUACAGACACAGGUGUACAAGUGUAUCACACAGCAGCUCUGUCUACAGAUUUAUGCAGAGAGUUUACUAUGCUCAAGCAAACUACAGACCAUUAAUCUGGUAGGGGAGCUGAUGGAGAGAAGUGCUACAGAGAAAUGGCAAUCCAAGACCUUCCAUGGCAAGCUAACAUAUCAGACGUCCAUAGAGCUGGUGAUACGAGCGGCGCGGGAGUACUUUGACAGCUCUGCUAAUCUUACAGACCCCUGUAUGGAUCUGGCAAGAGCUUGUCUACACCUAAUUCGGGACUCCCCACCACAGAUACAAGUGGAACUAGACCUCAUCUCUUCUUUGGCCCUGCUGGAUGACUUUGGGGUCUCUAUUCUUCCCCUGCAAGUACGACUGAGCAAGGAUCGCUUAUCACUGGUUGCCCAGAGUGUGGAGACCCGAGCUAACGCUUACAAACAGUCAGAGAAGUUGCUGAGGUUAGGUCACCUAUUGAGAAUUCCUGGAGAGACUCAGGUGGAUAAAGAUGGACAGGUGCUCCAUCUGGUGGUCAACACUGCUAUCAAGAACAAGGAUUACACAUUUGCGUAUGAAAUAUGUGAAUCUCUGAUGAAUGACAAUUACGACCCUAUCUGGCCGGCCUGUCGUGACCUGGCGGAACAGGUGGACUUCAGAGACAUACGAGCAAAGGCAGAGUUACUGUCAUUUGCCGUGACAUACUGUGAUCCUCCCAUGAUUGAACCCAUCCUAAAGGCAAAGUGCUUGCUGGAAACACAGAUUUUGUGUGACACUGUGACAACACAGAUGGAGAGUCAGGAUGAAGGGUUUGUCACUCCUCGCUCCAGCCCAUUCUCCACAUCAGCCGCCUUACAGCAGACCCAGGAGCUGCUGGCGUCCACCACCCAAACCACUAAGCAGCUGCUGUCCACCACCAGCCGCACCACCCGGGCGGUCCUCUCCACGGUCACGGACACAAAAUGGUGGCAGAAAACACUGACGUCCCUGAAACAGCCUUCUAAACUGCUGAGCCAGCCGAGUGUGGAGGAGAAAGAUGAUAGGAAUGUGGACUUCCUGAAACAGGGCUGCCCUGAGUUCUAUGCUUCUGUCAUAGACAGCUGUUACAUUAGCAAGAAUGGGGAUGAUACAGGGGAGAUAACUGUGUCAGAGAACCUUCUAAGGACAGCCAGGCUGGAGGAGCUACUGACUGAGGGCACAGAUCACAAACCAUCAAGAGAAGUCAUGUUACAGUUAAGUAGGCUGACCAUACAGCAGGAUGCCAUGCUUGGCAUUGCCUACCUCCUAUCGCUAGCUAAGGGUGAAGAUGCAGAGGAUGUCCUCGAGGAUCUGCCCAGUUCUGCCAUCAGCCUACAGCUCUCAGCCUAUUUCUACGCUGUACAGAUCUACUCUAACCUCAGCCCUUGUGUAGGAGAGGAAAGAGCUCCCUUGUACAACCACACUCCCUCAGAGGUGAUACAGAAGGUCACACAAUAUGUCACCCACACAUGCAAAGCGGACAGGCCUGAAGGUGUCCAUGUUCUCGUGGAAAAAUUCAUUAUGUACACAGAGCUUUUAGAGGACUACAACCAAGCCAAGGUGCUACAGGGACUAGGCAGGGGUGUUGAUGUGGUCAGGUUUACAGAAGACAAAGAAUACAAGCAUGAGACCAUACUGGGGCUGGCAAUGUGCCUGGAGGAUGAGGUGUUUAACACUGCUGUAUCUCUGGCUCAGAGGUAUAACUUGUCUUUGUGGGAAGUCUAUAUGACACACCUGGAAUUCCUCUUCUGUGACAGCGGCCUGUCUGUUCAAGAAGUCAAGACAAGAACUGAACACCUUGGUCUUCUGGAGAAACUUUCCUCGAAAGGAGAUGAGUUUAAUAAGCGGAUGGAGGAAUAUGUCUUACCCAGUAUAGAGGGCUCUGACCAUGGACGGUUGCUGUACUACUACACUCUCUUGAGUGGUUGCCAGCAGUCAGCUUCGUCUGCAGCUGUCACACCAGAUGUACACAUUAAAUUGCUCAAAAAGCUGAAGUCAGCCACUCCAGGAUUGGAUUAUAAGAAUCUGAUGGACAGCCAACAUGAACCUAUGGAUGUGAUACAGACUGUGCUCAACUCUAAUAAUGUCCAUGUUCUGGCGAAACUGGCCAACAAGAUCCCAAACCAGCAGGGUGGUUAUCUGGAACCCAGUGUUGUGUUUGCCAGCUGGACUCUAAAGUUAUUCUGGGAGGGUGACCAAGGCCAUAAAGGCACCCCUCAGACAACCGCUGACUGGGUACACAGAUACGAGGCUUGUGGGGACUUCAUACAGAGACUCUCCCCCGGGGAUCUCCUCCACUGUGCCUCCAGGAUGCUCUUCUCCAGGAAUGCCCAUAACCAGCUGUCUCAUGAGUGCAGGAGUGAAAUUAUCAAGAGGAUGAUAAAAGUGGGUCGCCAACAGGCAGGAAAGGCUAAGAAGGUGGACUCCUCAGGCGACACUGUAACUUGGGAGGAUGCCAUCUCCAGCCUCCAGCAGUUAGCAUCCCAUCUCCAACUCCUCACCAGCGAGACUAUCCAGUCCAUGGCACUGUCCGCAGAAAAACAAAUGAAGGAGUAUGCUGUGAUGUAUGAUGUCUCAGGGGGAAAUGUGGAUAAGAUGAAGGAGCUGCUGGUACAGAUGAUGUUGGAUGGUGUGUCAGCAGAUCUGGUAGAGGACGUGUUAUCUGUCAGUCCUGUGGAGAAAUGGACACCCAGAACAGCGCUGCAGCAGGCUGUGGCUCAGCUUGUCUCCAUCCUCAGAGGUUCAACCACAUCUCUUUAUGACCUGAGACAGGGUGAGCCUCUGGACGUGUUGAAGGGGAUGGUUACAUCAGUGCAAGAGCACCAAGAAGCUGGAGGAGACCUGGUUUGCUCAGAGGACAUGAUCUCACUGCUGCGUCAUUUCUGUGCUGAUUCAUCUGUCCCCACCCAGCCCAGGCUAGAUGUACUGGAGGUGCUGGAAAAGUCAUUCCCUGUGUCAGAAGAGGACAAGGUGUUACUGACUCUGUACAGGACAACGGCUAUAGUUUCCUCUACGUGGCCAAGCAGACAGGUAUCAGAUACUGACGUGAUUUCUGAAGGCUCCAGACAGAGUUUGUUUGAUGGUCUGAUAACAGAGAGUAGCACUGUGGAACAUUAUCUGUCUCUGAGUAAACUACUCCAGCUCUGGCCUCCAAUGUCAUCCAGCCAAGACAGUGGACACGUCAAUGUUGAGGAGAGCCCCUGGGUGAGGUUGUUCGCUGGCCUGGUGUCCAGGGGUCAGACAGAGGGGGUACAAGCUACUGUGGAUCAGAUAAAGGAACCAGGUGUCUGUGAAUCUCUCAACCCUCAGGUUAUCCAGCAUGUGUCAAAUUUAGUUUUGGAAAAAGGUGAUCGAGUGUCAGCUGUGAAAGUAGUCCUGCUAUCUUCACAUCAAUCUUUGUACUCACAAGCCAUUGCACACCUGGAGGAUGUUGAAGUGAAGGACACCGAGGAAGAAUUAGUUGAUCUCAUCCUGAAGAGACGGCUAGUGGCAGAGGUUGUGGAGUAUCCUGUGUACCAGAAGGUCAUAGGGCAGGUGGUGCAGAACCAGGUCAAGGACCUGCCGGCUGACAGCCCUGCACAAGUAGAGGUGGUGGUUAGCCAGCUCCAGGAAGCCGGCUUUAUGUCAGAGGCUGGCUCUCUGUUACUUCAGUGCAGAGGCACUCAUCCAAUUCUGCAAACUUUCUCCGCUGCCAGACACGUUCUACACACAUGGCUGAAGUAGUGCAUGAUGAGUUAUAUAAUAUUUAUACAUACAUGUACAUAAUAACUUGUGAUUUUUACCUGUUCAUAGUUCACCAAAAAGUGUGCAAUAAUUUCAUAAACUAAUCAAAUAUCUUGUCAACCCUGAUGCAGAUUUUAUUUCAGAUUAUGGUGUUAGAUUUGGUUGUGAGGAUAUAAUCACCUCCCUGGUUUAAUGCACUGUACACUACAUAGGCAUGUAUGGUUGCCGCAUUGUGUCUUUGGGCAUUUAAACUGUAUAGAUUGCAUUCAUAGAUGGUGUUAAGGGAGGCAACUCCCAUGUUACUUUUUACACUAAGCCAAUGUGGAAUUGAAUGAUUGACUGUGUGGGCAGUUAACCUCACCAAGAUGCCAGUUACAUUCACGCUCACUAGAUAAACUCUGUUAGGCUUGAUACAGAGCUAUAUUCAUUCAGCAUCAGUCUUCACCACACUAUCAUACACAAAACCGGGAACAAUAGCAGGAUUGACUCACAGGGGCUCCUUUUCCCGAUCAUGGUUUAAUUGGAAUCCAGACAGAAUUAGUGUCUUACAUACUUUGGUGCAAACAAAGUGACAAGCGGCUUCUUCCUCUCCUUCAUGAUGGUGAUUAGGAUGCCAGCCCAACUGUGUUUACUUCAUACACUUCCGCACUUCUCUCAGAUGUUGGGAAUGCGUCAAAUGAUCGGUACCUUACCAGAUAAACAUUUGGGAUAGUGACUGCCAAAAUUAAGUCCUGUACUUUUGAGAACUAUUUAUUGUGCUUCCUUAUCAGCUGAUGAAAACUGAGAGACCAGGGGCCACUUUACAAAGGUGUCGUACUUGUACGAUAUCGCACAUAUAGGACAAUGGUACGUUAAAUGUGACAUACAAAAUAUCGUACGACAAAUGUACGAUAAAACAAUGUUGUACGCCGCUUUGUGAAACUGGGGCCCUGGCUGUUUGUAUAUCAGCAGUGGUGCUGGCAACCUUCAUAUGCAAUCAUGUACUAUGAACCAAGAAUUCAUGUGUCAUACAAGAUGAAUGCAAUAAUGAAUGCCAGAUUAAUCAGCAUGAGAAAGUUGUCGGUGAGAAGUCAUGCCUCAUUUUGUUACAGGUUUUUAUGUUGGACCUUUUUGAUGUAUCUUUGACGAGCAGUACUGUACACUACAACAUUAUUGUAUUAAAUGUAGCCAUGUAGAAGAAAUCAUCUACUAAAACUUGAGAUGAGUGUUUAAAUACAUAUGGUAAAAAUCACAUUCUCAAAAAGUCUGCCUUUGUAUGAUUUCGUUUCAUUGGUAUAUUUACCAUGUACCUGUAAUUUGCUUUAUGAAUAAAACGACUUUUUUUUUUGAAA